AUGGUCGGCGUGGCAGGCAAAUCCAAAGGAUGCAAGACGUGCCGACAACGGAAGAUCGCCUGCGGUCUGCAACGACCUCAAUGCGUCCAGUGCGUGAGGUCCAACCGGGUGUGCGCCGGCUACGAACGGGAGAAGAUCUUCGUGCCGGUUCAACCGUCCGCCAAGGACAGAAAGACUGUCAUGAAGAGCUCUUUUGACGAAGUCAGAAAGACUGCAUCAACGAACGGGGCGAGCGCUGGUCCAGCUGGAUCUUUGACACGCGACAGCAAGAUUUGUCCUCGUGUAGUAGGACCUGCAACGUCGGCUGGUGCCGAGAUCUUAGCUACAGCUACCUAUCGCCAAUACCUGCUCAACGCCUUCGUCUCUUGCUGUAUUCCAGAAACACAGCGUGGCCAGAACAAGUUCAGGCCGUGGUUCGUCCUGCUCCCCGAGUUUCUAAUGCGCACAAAGGCGUUAGAGACAUCAAGCUUGGCGAUAUCCGCCGCCGCACUGGGCCGCCUGUACGAUGAUCCUGUGCUGAUUCGCGAAAGCCUGAAGCUCUACACGCAGGGCCUCAGGGAGCUCCGCAAAGCCCUCUGGAAUCCGAAGCUGGUGUACGAUGACGAGAUUCUCGCCGCCUGUCUGGCCCUGAGCAUGUAUGAGCUUAUGGAGUGUCCCGCAGAGGCCUGGUAUGCGUAUGCCAGCCAUUGCAACGGCUGGCUGAAACUGGUCCAGUUACGGGGGGUGGAUGCGCAUACUUCUGGCAUUGCGCAUGAGCUCUUCGUCGGGCUGCGCCAUCAGGGGAUCCUGUAUAGCAUGGAGAUGCGUCAACCGACUUUCUUGUCUGAACCUCUUUGGAUGGAGGGCCCGUGGAAAGACUCUCCCAAGCGAUUGCUGGACCGACUGGUCGACUGCCUCGCGCUGGCGCCGGGUAUCUUCAAGCAGAGUGACGACUUUAAGAAUCUCCGCUCGAGGGGACUCCUAGAUUCGGCCCUCGAUGUUACGCGCAAAUGCUGGCAGCUCGACACCACCUUGCAGAGCAUCUACAACGACCUGGAGAAGGAAACGCCGGGGCCAUUGUACUGGUCGGUGCUGUCGGAAGAAGACAACCAGGCGGACGACCCUGAACAUGGAAAGGUGUUUCCGGUAGCAUUUCAGUUUCCGGAUCUCAGUAUGGCCGGCACGAUGAUGAUGUACUGGGCGACCACGGUCGUGCUCUGGUCGGGGAUGUGCGAGCUGUACCACUUCAUCCCGACGAUCGAGGUCGACGCCGUCGACGCGUAUUGCUUCAAUUACCCGAAUUGUCUUCGCAAGCCCGACAGUCCCUGCCACUGCGCUGAUCUGAUCACGACAUCUUCUGGGUCUCUGCGAUUCGAUCUCAGCAGACUCCCCCCGCUGGGGCAUCGCACCGACUUCCUGUCCCAUGCGCGAAAUGUGUGCCAGUCGGUGGAGUACUGCCUGAAGAAUCCGAUGCAGAUGGGCGGAGCGUUCACCGUGACUGCGCCGCUGAGCAUGGUCUUCGAGACGGUCAAGCAUGACGCGAGAUACGUGUUGCGAACUGGAUAUAUAUACGACUUUUGUCAAAAUUGGUCUUUAUCUCCUAGCAAACAGAGCGUAACAUCGUUCUAG